GACCCGGCGUGUGAGGUGACUGGUUGGUUGUGUUUACAGCACAGACUCACAGUCAUGAGUGGUAUGGUCCUGCGUUUUCAUUUCCAUAUCUUACACUCUUCUUGGAAAGGGAUUUUUGAUCGAAAUUUGUGGAGGGCUAAAGUUGUUGGUGUCAAUGUCUUGAUUUCUCCCAAAGUAUCAAGAAUGGCUUCAAGUGGAGCCAUUGGAAAGAACUUGCACGAGAAGAAACCAUUGGUUGGUAUUAUUUCGCAAUAUUUUUUCCAAUCCAAGAAUGAUUUGGAAAAACUAGCAAGACAUUGUCCAUCGGCAACAUUCGUCGUCAUCAACGGUGAAGAAAUAACAUCAGACUGCUUAAAAGACAUGGAAAUCGUAAUUGCAGAUCCUCCACUUGUCUGUGAAUGGAUUCAUCAAUUUCCUAAGUUAAAGUGGAUGCAGGCUACGUUCGCUGGCAUAAAUAGUAUAAUCCACUCUAUUGAGCCUUGUAAGCUGCCAACGUACAGUUUGACCAAAUUGAGUGGAGUGUUUGGAGCAAGCAUCGCCGAGUAUGUUGUGGGUCACGUGAUUGCGCGUGAGCGAAAGUUCCUACUAUGCUUGGAGUACCAAAAAAGUAAAUCCUGGUGUUCUUGGGAGAAAUUAAAGUACCGUGAACUUUCAGAUUUGACUAUUGGUAUUCUUGGUUUUGGAUCCAUAGGGAAAGUUAUUGCAGAAUACUGCCAUUGUAUGAAGAUGAAAGUAUUUGGCAUCCAUCGUGCCGUACCAACUUCUAAAGUACAUUACGUUGACAAGAGUUUUGGUAUAGAAGAAUUAGCAGAAUGCUUAAAAGAAUGCGACUAUUUUGUCAGUGUUCUUCCUAGUGCUGAGAGUACCAGAGGACUGCUUUCUGGGGAGGUCCUUAAAAAUUGCACGGCUAAAAAAACAGUUUUAAUAAACGUAGGUCGUGGGGACCUGCUGGACGAAAAAAGUAUUUUGAGGGCUCUUGAUGAGCAAUGGAUCGGCGGAGCUAUCUUGGAUGUUUUCGAAAGGGAACCCCUUUCAAAAGAAAGCGCUUUAUGGUGUCAUCCUCAAGUUUUUAUUACUCCUCACGUCUCUGGUCUGAUCAAUUCAGAUAUGAUCUUGCAAGUGUUUGUGGAGAAUUUUCAACUCUAUAAAGAUGGAAAAGAACUUAAGUAUAUUGUGGACUGGAAAAAGGGAUACUAGACGUUAGUCGGGUACAUUAGCCUAUCCACGAAGGGUAAGUCAGAAUCAUAAGCGACUCAUUUUCGGUUAAAAACAAUAAGAGAACAUUUAACACAAAUAUUAAAAGGAUUACUAAUUGUAAAGUAAUUUGAAUUGGAAAUGUAUUUUUAGCAAUGUAUUCUUGGAAAUCCACCCAAGUGAUAACUUGCAUAUCGUGGCAUGUAGCAUUUAUUACACGAAUAUAAGCACUUCAAGUUUAUACGUAACUUCUGGUUAAUUGGUGGUUGCUUGAGACAGCUGUGCAUUUGUUAUUCAUUGAUCAUUAUAACUUGGAUUCUCGUA